UAAUCUUUGCUUUACUUGUGAUGAAAGCUUUUUAUCAGUUGCAGAUCAAAGUAUCGGGCCAAAGUGGUCGUUUGGGGAUAAGCAUUGCUGGCGGAAAAGGAUCUCUGCCUUACAAAGAUCACGAUGAGGGUAUUUUUAUUUCAAGGGUAGCUCAAGGAGGACCAUCUGAAAAGGCUGGGAUCCAUGUUGGAGAUAGAGUGCUUGAGGUCAACGGUCUGUGCAUGCAGGGGGCAGCCCACCAUGAAGCAGUCGCUGCCCUCAGAAAUGCUGGGAGCUGCAUCAAGUUGAAGGUGCUCAGAGAGAGGAUGCCUUCCUCAGAACUGGAAGAGGCAGAAAGCUGUUUGCCCAAGAAGAUUGAAGCUGUUGUCUGCAAUGGUUACAACAAUCUUGAUUCUGACAGCGAUCUGAGCAAAACCGUGUCUGAGAUUGAAGCAGAGGAGUUCAAGAAAGACACUCUUAAAGAGAUGAAUCACACAAUGAUGAUUCCCCGGAUCAUACUCACUCACCCCUCUACCUCAGAUGAUGAUGUGGAGUUCUUGUCACAGAUUCCCCGGAGACAGCGGCUGCGUGACUGACAAACCCAACGAAUAUGGGCACUCUGGAUGUUUUGGCAGUGCUUUUUUACUCACCUCUUUGAAGCAGAACUCUGAACAUGAGGGCUUGCUGUUUUUACAGUGAAGCGCAGCAGUUUACAUACACUCAUCAUGUGCAGGAGUACCAUAUUUAGGCUUUCAGGGAUUUAUUUAGGCAUUAUUUGAAUGCAUUGACUCGUAAUCCAAGAUAUGAAUUCAAAGAUUUUACAUUUUAUGCAAUGCUCAGAAAAACAAAGGGAACACAUCAACAAAACAAUAUUACUUCAAUUAAAUCUAACUUCUUUUAAAUCAAACUGUCCAUGUAUGAAGCAACACUGAU